GAAGAGAGUAUCUUAUCUUGUUCCACCUUAAAACCGCACACAGAGAGACAGACACUUCAGUUGGGUCCUAAAACUCUAAAAGCUCAACUCUUUCAAGUUCUAUCUGCUAAAACUCAGAGUUAUAGGAAUUGGAAAACCUCUGUGAAUGGCUAACUCUUUAUGUUUCACACCUGUUUGUUCCUUCAAGUCCCCUAACAAACCAGGGAUAGUAAUUGGCAAGUCAGUGACUCGGAAGGUUCUUCGGGUAAAUGAACUGUUUCAGAAGUCUGAGACUGCUAAGUUUCAAUCUUUGGAGGUUAAGGCUACAGAAAGCAAUAAGGGCACCAAACCAAAUAGCAUAGUCUGUGCUGAUUGUGAUGGAAAUGGUGCCAAAGUGUGUACACAAUGUGAGGGUACUGGAGUUAAUACAGUAGACCACUUCAAUGGACAGUUUAAAGCUGGUGGAUUAUGUUGGCUAUGCAGAGGUAGAAGGGAAAUUUUGUGCGGGAGUUGUAAUGGAGCUGGCUUUCGUGGUGGAUUCAUGAGCACACUUGAUGAAUCGGGUCUUCAGUGAUUUGUACCAAAAUUUUGAAUCAUGAUACACUGCCAAAAGUUUGCAGUAAAUGAACUGUGAAUGUUAGUCUGUGUUGUCCAGCUUUUGAUUCUAAACUUUGAAUCUUAAACAGAUUUUUCAAAAUUCA